UUCGUAUUCAAAAAAAAUAAAAAAAUAAAUAAAAAUUCUGCUUUUUGAGAAAGAUAGAGAUCAUAUGGGGAAAUGGGACCUUAUUUCCUCUGCAACCCAAUUGGUGAUACAAAACGCACCUGAUCUAACGACUGUGAAGGGGUGGGGUUCGAGCUCUUAUGGUUAUGGCUGGGCUGCUGUUGCCAAGGUUGAUGACGUCGUUAGGACGAAGGUGAUCCAGUCCAUGCAAGACGAGGAAGCCAGUUCCGAGAUCGGUAGGAUUGCUACCAACUUUGCUAAAAGCGCUGCGGUUCUUGCUCGCGAGGAGGGCCUGAAAACCAUCACAGGUCUGUCAUUACAACUACAUACACUAUCACACGUCGUUAGGACGAAGGUGAUCCAGUCCAUGCAAGACGAGGAAGCCCGUUCCGAGAUCAGUCGGAUUGCCACCAACUUUGCUAAAAGCGCUGCGGUUCUUGCUUGCGAGGAGGGCCUCAAAACCAUCCCAGGUGGGACGUUAUUUUAUAAGAUUGUUUCGCAAUCUCUCUAUAAUGAAAAGUUGUAUGGGGGUAAUGACGUGGAGACAAAGGCAUUGCAAGCUAAGAUAAGCAAAAUGGAGGAAGAAAUCACAGAAUGCAAGAAAUUAAUUGAACGAGCAAAGAUACAUAAGCCUUUUGAUGAUUUCAAGCUAGAGAAUAUCUCUUCUUCCUUCGAAUCAAAUGUGGAUGAAAAAACAGAGGAUGUGAUUGGAGACUUCAUGAAUUUUUGGAUGAUUUGAUUGUUCCUACCAUUAGAAUAACUAGGAUGAAUUCUAAGUAGAAGGCAAGACAAGAUGGUGGAGUGAUGAAAUAAUUGUUAACUAUUGGGAUGAUAAAUAUUGUAUGUCUC